AUGACGAAACAAAGUACAGUCAAGUUAAAAACACCCAGAACAGACCCAGUGGAAUUGCCCGCGGUGUUGACGAUUGCUGGCUCAGAUAGUUCAGGAGGAGCAGGAAUCGAGGCUGAUCUCAAGACACUCUCUGCCCACAAUGUGUAUGGGUUGACUUGUAUAGCAGCAUUGACAGCUCAAAACACCCAGAAAGUCAAGACGUUCGAGAAGACUUCAGAAGAGCUUGUUGCUGCCAUUUUGGAGAUGAACUUCAACGAUUUUCUCUAUGGAUACGAAGAAGGAAAGGCACCUUUAAAGGUGAUCAAGACAGGAAUGUUGACAGAAGAAGCAAUCAGAGUUUUGAGUGGUUACACCAAUGAUUUAAACAAAUACGACGUGAAGGUUGUCAUCGACCCUGUGAUGAUUAGUACUUCCGGAUCGCAACUAUUUGAUGACAGAGGAUUGAAAUUGUGCAUGGAUAGCUUGAUAGGAAAAUCGUACCUUGUCACUCCCAACUUUGGCGAAGCACAUGCCUUGUAUGAAAUCGCCAAUGGUCGAAAAUACGACUUGGACAUCAAGUCGAAGGAGGAUUUAAUCAAUUUUGUCAAAGAUGUGCAGAGGAGUCUCGGAUGCGCCAACCUCUUGGUCAAAGGGGGGCAUCUUCCUUGGGACUUGGAAUCAGAUAGCCCAGCCCAGGGUAUCACGUCUUCCACAAUUAUCUUUGACAUUCUAUACCGUUCGAAAGAAGACUCAAUCACAAUAUUCCAAUCAGCCUUUAUUGACUCCCAAGACUCACAUGGAACUGGCUGCACUUUAUCUUCAGCGAUAGCCGCAAAUUUGGCCAACGGAAAAUCCUUGGACCAGUCUGUUCCACUAGCAAUUGAUUUUAUCCAUAGAGGAAUGACAAGUUUGAAGAGAAAGUUGGGUUUUGGGAAUGGGCCCUUGAACCACAACGUCAAACCAGAGCAGCAUAUCGACUCAAUCAUCGAUUUUCAAUUGGAAUCUUCCUUCCCAAAAAAUACCAACGCAUUGGACUUCUUGAAAAAUCAUCCCAAGGUAGCUGCAAAUUGGAAAAAAUAUACCGAACACCCAUUUGUUAAACUUUUGGCGGAGAACAAGUUGCCCUUCGAGAAGUUUCUCUAUUUCUUGAAGCAGGACUAUUACUACCUUAUUAACUACGCGCAAAUACAUGGUUUGGCGGCCUCUGCAGCACCAACAUACAAGCAAACACAUUCGGAAGCCUUGAUAAUUGGAAACAUCGUGGAAGAGAUAGAAAGGCACAAGAUCAAGUUGUGUAACAAGUAUAAUAUUGACUACGAGAGGGACAUUGAUCUUGAUAUCGAGCUCAGUCCAGGCAAGGCAUGUACUGAGUAUUGCGAUUUUCUUCUCAAAACCGGCAAGGAGGAGGACUACUUUGGUAUCAAGAUCGCUCUAGCCCCAUGUCUUUUUGGAUACUUUGAGGCAGGCCAAUAUGGCAGUAGGAUCAGGACUGGUGCCACCAACAAUGCCGAGGUGACACCAGAACAAUCUGAGGUGUACCAAUCGUGGCUCAAUGAUUAUACCUCAGAUUGGUAUUCCAAUGCAUACAAUGAAGGAAAUGAUGCAUUACAGGAGCUCUUCAACACCAUUCCUUUGACUCAGGAAAGGUUGGAUCAGUUUGCUGAGGUGUUCAACAAGGUCACUUGCUUGGAGGUGGCAUUCUGGGACGAAUGUAUGCCCGAAGGAGAAUGGACCGAGUCGUAG